GGAGCACCCGGGGCAGGUGCGGGCCGCCCUCAGGACGCCAGCUCUCUAACCCGACACCCCGCGGCCGCCACCAUGGUGAAGGAGCAGUUCCGGGAGACGGAUGUGGCCAAGAAAAUAAGCCACAUCUGUUUCGGCAUAAAGUCACCCGAGGAGAUGCGGCAGCAGGCGCACAUCCAGGUCGUGAGCAAGAACCUAUAUAGCCAGGACAACAACCAUGCCCCGCUGCUGUACGGCGUGCUGGACCACAGGAUGGGGACAAGUGAAAAGGACCGGCCUUGUGAAACCUGCGGGAAAAACUUGGCCGACUGCCUGGGCCAUUACGGCUACAUUGACCUGGAGUUGCCGUGUUUCCACGUCGGGUACUUCCGAGCCGUCAUAGGCAUCUUGCAGAUGAUCUGCAAAAGCUGCUGCCACAUCCUGCUGUCCCUGGAGGAGAAGAAGCAGUUCCUGGACUACCUGAAGAGGCCCGGCCUGACGUACCUGCAGAAGCGAGGGCUGAAGAAGAAGAUCUCGGAGAAGUGCCGCAAGAAGAGCACCUGCCGCCACUGCGGCGCCUUCAACGGUACCGUGAAGAAAUGUGGAUUACUGAAGAUAAUCCACGAGAAAUACAAGACCAACAAGAAAGUGGUAGAUCCCGUCGUCUCCACUUUCCUUCAGUCCUUUGAGACAGCCAUUGAACACAACAAAGAGGUGGAGCCACUGCUGAGCAGGGCACAGGAAAACUUGAACCCCUUAAUAGUUCUGAACUUAUUUAAACGAAUCCCAGCCGAAGAUGUCCCCUUGCUCCUAAUGAACCCGGAAGCGGGUAAGCCCUCCGAUUUGAUCCUCACCCGACUCUUGGUGCCACCCCUGUGUAUCAGACCCUCCGUGGUGAGUGACUUGAAGUCAGGCACCAAUGAAGAUGAUCUGACGAUGAAGUUGACAGAAAUCAUCUUUCUGAAUGAUGUCAUUAAGAAGCAUCGGAUCUCGGGCGCCAAGACGCAGAUGAUCAUGGAGGACUGGGACUUCCUGCAGCUGCAGUGCGCGCUCUACAUCAACAGCGAGCUCUCGGGCAUCCCCCUUAACAUGGCUCCCAAGAAGUGGACCCGCGGCUUUGUCCAGCGCCUCAAGGGCAAGCAAGGUCGGUUUAGAGGCAAUCUCUCUGGAAAGAGAGUGGAUUUUUCUGGCAGAACUGUCAUCUCACCUGACCCCAACCUCCGGAUUGAUGAAGUAGCUGUUCCGGUUCAUGUGGCCAAAAUUCUAACUUUCCCUGAGAAGGUGAAUAAAGCUAACAUUCAUUUUUUGAGGAAAUUGGUUCAGAAUGGCCCUGAAGUUCACCCAGGAGCUAAUUUCAUUCAGCAGAGGCAUAUGCACAUGAAAAGGUUUCUGAAAUACGGGAAUCGAGAGAAGAUGGCCCAAGAGCUCAAGUAUGGCGAUAUCGUGGAGAGACACCUGAUAGAUGGAGACGUGGUGCUCUUCAACCGGCAGCCCUCGCUGCACAAGCUGAGCAUCAUGGCACACCUGGCCAGGGUCAAGCCCCACCGAACCUUCCGGUUCAACGAGUGUGUGUGCACACCCUACAACGCGGACUUCGAUGGUGACGAGAUGAACCUGCAUCUUCCCCAGACGGAGGAGGCAAAAGCGGAGGCCCUUGUCCUGAUGGGGACUAAAGCGAAUCUUGUUACCCCAAGGAAUGGUGAGCCCCUGAUUGCUGCUAUUCAGGAUUUCCUAACAGGUGCCUAUCUCCUCACUCUCAAAGACACGUUCUUUGAUCGGGCCAAGGCUUGCCAGAUCAUUGCCUCCAUACUGGUUGGCAAGGAUGAGAAAAUCAAAGUCCGCCUCCCACCCCCUACAAUACUGAAGCCUGUCACCCUGUGGACUGGCAAACAGAUCUUCAGCGUCAUCCUAAGGCCUAGUGACGACAGCCGAGUAAGGGCCAAUCUGCGGACCAAGGGCAAGCAGUACUGUGGCAAAGGGGAAGACCUGUGUGUCAACGACUCCUAUGUCACCAUCCAGAACAGUGAGUUGAUGAGUGGCAGCAUGGACAAAGGUACCUUGGGAUCUGGUUCCAAGAACAACAUCUUCUACAUCUUGCUGCGCGACUGGGGGCAGAAUGAAGCUGCUGAUGCCAUGUCACGCCUGGCCAGGCUGGCUCCUGUGUACCUGUCAAACCGUGGCUUCUCCAUUGGGAUUGGUGAUGUCACCCCUGGCCAAGGACUGCUGAAAGCCAAGUACGAGUUGCUGAAUGCUGGCUACAAGAAGUGUGAUGAGUACAUCGAGGCCCUAAACACAGGCAAGCUGCAGCAGCAGCCUGGCUGCACAGCCGAGGAAACCCUGGAGGCGCUGAUCCUGAAGGAGCUGUCUGUGAUCCGUGACCAUGCUGGCAGCGCCUGCCUCCGGGAGCUGGACAAGAGCAACAGCCCCCUCACCAUGGCUCUCUGUGGCUCCAAAGGUUCUUUCAUUAACAUCUCACAGAUGAUCGCCUGUGUGGGACAGCAAGCCAUCAGCGGCUCCCGAGUGCCGGAUGGCUUCGAGAACAGGUCCUUGCCUCACUUUGAGAAACAUUCAAAGCUCCCAGCUGCCAAGGGCUUUGUGGCUAAUAGCUUUUACUCGGGCUUAACCCCCACCGAGUUCUUCUUCCACACGAUGGCCGGUCGGGAAGGUCUUGUUGACACAGCGGUCAAGACAGCCGAGACGGGUUACAUGCAGAGAAGGCUCGUGAAAUCCCUUGAAGACCUGUGCUCCCAGUAUGAUUUGACAGUUCGAAGCUCUACCGGUGAUAUCAUCCAGUUUAUUUACGGGGGAGAUGGCUUGGACCCUGCAGCUAUGGAAGGAAAAGACGAACCUUUGGAGUUUAAAAGGGUCCUGGACAACAUCAGAGCAGUCUUCCCGUGUCAGAAAGAGCCUGCUCUCAGCAAAAAGGAACUGAUCCUGACCACUGAAUCCAUCCUGAAGAAAAGCGAGUUCCUCUGCUGCCAGGACAGCUUCCUGCAGGAAAUCAAGAAAUUCAUUAAUGGGGUUUCUGAGAGGAUCAAGAAAACCAGAGAUAAAUACGGCAUCAAUGAUAAUGGCACAACCGAGCCCCGCGUGCUGUACCAGCUAGAUCGCAUCACCCCCACCCAGAUAGAGAAGUUUCUGGACACCUGUCGGGACAAGUACAUGAGAGCACAGAUGGAGCCGGGGUCUGCUGUGGGUGCACUUUGUGCCCAGAGUAUUGGUGAACCGGGUACCCAGAUGACGCUGAAGACUUUCCACUUUGCGGGUGUGGCCUCCAUGAACAUCACGCUGGGCGUCCCCCGUAUCAAGGAGAUCAUCAAUGCCUCCAAAGCCAUCAGCACUCCAAUUAUCACAGCACAGCUAGACAAGGAUGAUGAUGCAGACUACGCCCGCCUCGUGAAAGGGAGAAUCGAGAAAACCCUCUUGGGGGAGAUUUCGGAGUACAUCGAAGAAGUAUUUCUUCCUGAUGACUGCUUCAUUCUGGUCAAGCUUUCCCUGGAGAGGAUCAGGCUUCUCAGACUGGAAGUGAAUGCUGAGACUGUACGAUACUCUAUCUGCACAUCCAAGCUACGUGUGAAGCCGGGUGACGUGGCUGUUCAUGGCGAGGCCGUGGUGUGUGUCACCCCCAGAGAGAACAGCAAAAGCUCCAUGUACUACGUGCUACAGUUCCUCAAGGAGGAUCUCCCCAAGGUGGUGGUGCAGGGCAUCCCAGAAGUGUCUAGAGCUGUCAUCCACAUCGAUGAGCAGAGCGGGAAGGAAAAGUACAAACUCCUGGUGGAAGGCGAUAACCUGCGGGCAGUCAUGGCCACCCACGGUGUGCGAGGCACUCAAACCACCUCCAACAACACCUAUGAGGUGGAGAAGACGCUGGGCAUCGAGGCAGCCCGGACCACCAUCAUCAAUGAAAUCCAGUAUACGAUGGUCAACCAUGGCAUGAGCAUCGACAGGAGGCACGUCAUGCUGCUGUCUGACCUAAUGACCUACAAGGGCGAGGUCCUGGGCAUCACCCGCUUUGGCCUGGCCAAGAUGAAGGAGAGUGUGCUGAUGCUGGCUUCCUUCGAGAAGACAGCUGACCAUCUCUUCGAUGCCGCCUACUUCGGGCAGAAGGACUCCGUGUGUGGGGUGUCCGAGUGCAUCAUCAUGGGAAUCCCAAUGAACAUUGGCACAGGCCUCUUCAAGCUGCUCCACAAGGCCAACAGGGACCCAAACCCUCCCAAGAGGCCUUUGAUCUUCGACACAAAUGAAUUCCACAUCCCCCUUGUCACGUAGUCUCAUUUGCAGCCUCAGCACCCUGCCCUAUCUGCCUUGGAGAGCUCUGUGUCCCCUGGGAUAGAGGCCCUGGUGCCUGCACGGUUCCUGCAUCCCCACCAGCAGCUCUUCUGAUGUGCAACAGCUCACACCGUUACACCUGCCUACCCCACAAUGCUUGGGGGAACUGAGGGUUUUAUUUGAAACUCACUAGAGAUGUCUCUGCUCUACCUUCCCACCUUGCCUCCCUAAACUGGAAGGGGACCCCAGGUGGGCGUCACUGCAUAUCCAUCCAUCAAUUCCCAGUGGAGUCUUCAUGCCUGACCACGAGCCAGAUCUGAGUCCCACACAGCCCAAGGUACAUUCUUAGUUCAUUACUUGGACUUUCACUACAUGACAUGCUCCUGGAAACACUGUUACUGUUGGUUUUUUGUUCCAUUGGAAGGAGUUAGAAUUACUUUUGAAACCAAGAAGCUACAGAAACUGAGAAACCAGACACAGAAGCUCCAGGGGAAAACACUGAUCAAGCAGAUUGAACCAUCUUGAAUUCAUAACCAAGCUCAGCCUGUGCAAAUCCUGGGCUGCAUUGGAACAUGGAUGCCUCUAACUGCCCUGCUGUGUUCCUCUACCUCUGAUCCCUUGCGACAAACCAUGCCAUGCUUUCUGACCACAGAGGGCUCUUCUGAGGUUGUGUCCUGCUGAGGUGGGGAUGAGAUGGUUUGGAGCUUUGGGGGAAGGUCGGUCGGGACCACUGCACUGCCUGUCACUGGUAUCCACAACCAUGUGCAUGUUGGGUGCAGUGGCCCAGAGCUCAUGGGAAAGGCUGUCCUAAGUCUAGGCAGACAAGAGUCUGAGGAUCACUGAGUCACAGGGCUGGGCAUCCGCUGGAGUUGGGGUCACACACUGAUCAGCCACAGCAGGCUCCUUGGGCAGUGUUCAACUCCCAUUACAACAGAAGUCUGCCCCUGAGGCUGGGAGAGCAGCAGGAACUCCUGGAAGACACAUGCUCACCGCCUUCUCAGGCGUCUGCCCCUGGCUGCAGCACUCCUGCAGGGUUAAGGCUUUGGAGGGGCUUUUGUGCAAUGGAGGGAAGAAACGUAAGCAGCUUGUCUUGCAGAGACAGUGUGCUCUUUGUCCUGGACUCGCUCCCUGGAAUUGGACCAGGGCCAGGGAAAGGACUGCAGAGGGCCAUGGCACCCUCCUUUGAAAGAACAACCUCCUUUCCCAGCACUAGCACCCCUUCUGGCCCUUCCUGCCUCUCAGGGAGUGUCACAGCCAUAGUCGCCUAGCCGGAAGUGUGACCCUCUUGUCUGGCCCUGUGCAGUUGGGAAGGUUCUUUUGAAAUAUCACGGUUGCCCCAGAAGCAGCAGCAGCCCACACUGAAGAGAAGCUUACUGUGGAAGCAAGGCGUUUGGUUUGGCUGAUUAAAGAGAUGGGUACAGUUAAAAAAAAAAAAGCGUAUGAACUUGAGUGGUGUUUUAUGGACUCAGUUCUUUGGAUGUUCCUGAGUUCAUUAAUGUCGCAGAGCUUCCUGGUGGCUGGUAGAAUGAGAGCCUUCUCUCCCAUGCUCUGGGGUUUUGAGCUACCCUCAGCCAUUGCUCCGUGAAGGCACAUGUGAGGAUGUGUGGCUGGGCAAUGUGUCCUCCCUGUUUGCUCAGGCUGGCCCAUGUAUUUCUCUUGGUGCCUCCAUGAUGUGAAAAAUGCCAUGGUCCUUGAUGUUUGGUCCCCUAUAUCUUGGCACUGUGCUAGCUGGGUUCAUGACAAAGAACAACUGCUGAUUCAGUGUUUCCAUUGAAGAGCUCUGCCAAGGGCCCCUGCUGUGCUGUGUGUGGACCCCCUGGAGAGGGAGGAAAGCCCUCCAGGAGUGAGAAAGACAGUGCUGCCAGCAGCCACCCCCUACUUGGGCAAAUCAUUGUGUGAGAUGAUUGUGAUUGAUGAGUACACAUCCAUAUGUGGCAUUCUAGAACAAGGCUGACCUUGGGAUGGGCAUUUACAUAAAGGAGCACAUCUCCCAGGGAUGCAGCCAUGUGUCCUGACAUGGCCAUGGUCAGUGGUGGCCCAAUCCAUGUCCCCAUCAUAUCCCAUUCUGGGUGUUGAAAUUCUCCAUGCCUCUUGCCUAGCAGUGCUGUCUUAAGAGCUUGCUAGAAAGCCAAACUUAAGAUUUUUGUUUUAUUUGGAAGGCAGAAUUAAAGAAGGAAAGAGAAGCUUCCAUUUGCUGGGCCAGGCCACAGCCAGGAGCUCAGAGCCUUCUCCAGGUCUCCAAUGCAAAUGCAGGGCCCAAAUCCUUGGAACAUAUGCUGCCUUCCCAGGAGCACCAACUGAGCUGGAUCUGUAACUUGAACACCCAUAUGGGAUGGAGGUGUUGCAGGCAGAAACUUAAUUUGCUAUGCCACAGUGUCAACCCUUGAAGACUUAGCAGCUACUCUCCUCACCUAUUAGAAAGAAUAACAUUUAACUUUGGUCUCCUCCCCAAACAGUUCCAUGUUUGCUCAGCAGUCUGUCCAUUCUUCUGUGUUUUUAACAUCCUUUGUGCGGAAGGGAUUAAAAUCUAAGAACAUGGUUAAAACCCUUGCGUUGCCUGGCCCUUUGGGGUUGGGAUCCCAAUAUGGACACUCUCUGUCAGCUAAGUCAUGGUAGUCAUGGUACUGGGUCCCAGUUUCAAGGUGUGUACUGAUUCACGUCUGAUUGAGCCUGCCGCUAAGCAUUGACUACUUUCCUUGAAUUUUUGCUGUGUGUUGGCAGAUCACUGUUGUUUUUCUGCCAAAAUUCAGAAAAGGGAAGUCAUCCUUGUAGGUGGUGGAUGAAGCAAGGUAGUUAGUCUCCGACUCCUCAGAUGAGAAACAUCCCCUGCCUCUGCUCACUCAUUGCACCCUUGCUUCUUGGAAGCUAGAAAGGAAGGUCACCCCUCUGUAAUUCAGACCCAGCAAGACAUGCCAC